ACUACGUAUAUACAAAUAAAAAGCCUAGCUCGUAGAGAUCUAGAGACAAGGGUAGAUCGACUCCAUCUGGAUAUGGACUCCUCUUGGCCGGAAAAGUUCUCAUCCUCCGCCUCCGCCGCCGGAAAAGCCAUUCAAGAGCUGAUUCAGGGCCACCAACUCGCAAUCCAGCUCAUUUCGAUCCUUGGUUGUUUGGACGAUGGAUCUUUGGCCGCCGCCGAGGAUCUUGCCGCGAGGAUUUCACGAUCUUUUGCGGAGACCAUUUCGAUUGUGUUGGAGGAGCAUAAGCCAACCGAUGAGAAUUCUCAAAUUCCGGCUAACAGCGCGCUUGGAGGUUCGCCGUGGUUGGAUGGUUGGAAGUCUAAGGAUUCCGGCGAGAGCUGCCUGAGCUCCGCCAUGGAAAACCGGGGGGGCUGCAAGAAGAGAAGAAGGAUUAGGGAAAUAUGGACAAAGCUCACCCCUACUCCAGUCGCCGACGACUAUGUAUGGAGGAAGUAUGGACAAAAAGUUACCCAAAAUACCAAACACCCCAGGAACUACUAUAGGUGCACCCACAAGAUCGGAAAGGGUUGCGAAGCUAGGAAGCAGGUGCAGCAAACCAAAGAUAACCCUCCUAUGUUCAUAACCACCUACCAUGGUCGUCACACUUGCCGGAAUAAUCCCAUCCAAAAAUCUACCCAUCUGGAAGACAACACUUCAGUUCUGAUUAGCUUCGGUUCAACCUGCAACCCAAACACGGACCCGCUGGAGCCGUAUUUUCAGGCCAUCUCCUUCACAAAUCAACAAGAAAAGAAGCCGAGUUGGGAUCACCGGCAGAACGAAACAUCAUCGCCCUCACAGCUCAAUAAUGGCAGUGGAAUUGUCACGACGGCUUUGGAAUCAUUUGGGUCCCCGGCGGCGAUGCACUGGUCAGCCGACAAUGGUGAUCGGACCUCCUCUGAGGUGUACUCAUCACGUGCGGGAAGUAAUUAUAAUCAGGGCUUGUGUAUGGAUAUAACAGUGGAGGAUGUUGAGUUUGAUGAUUUGUUUGGAUUGGGUUUGAGUGAUUUACUUGGAUUGGGGUUUGAGUGAUUUACUAUGUUCUGUAUUCCAAAUAGAUGACCAUGGCACUUUUUGUUUAUGUUCUGUAUUCUCUUGAGUUGGUAAUAGCUAUAAGGGUUGGAAGUGUUGAUUUAAUAAGCUGAGAAAAGCAAAGGAUUGGAAUUAUAUAUAUAUAUAUAUAUAUAUAUCAUAAAUAUGCAGAAGGACUGGGGAAGCAUGGACAAAGCUUACCCGAACUUAAGAGUCGCCGACGGCUAUACAUGAGGAAGUACGGACAUAAAGUUAUCCUCAAUACCAAACACCCCAAGUUGGACUUCAAUA